AUGACGUCGCCUGUCACUCAUACUGGACGUGUUGGCGAUAACGUGGUCAUCGAGGCUCCGUUCGUGUGCGAUUACGGCUACAACAUCCACAUCGGUAAGAACGUUGUGGUUGGUCGCAAUUGCACCAUCAUCGACACCUGCGAGGUUCGGAUCGGCGACAAUGUCAUUAUUGGACCGAAUGUGUGCAUCUAUACCGGCACAGUAACAACAAACUACCAGCGACGGCAAGGAAGCAGAGGUACACAAUAUGGCAAGCCGAUUGUCAUCGAGGACGACUGCUUCAUCGGUGGCAAUGUGGUGAUCCUUCCUGGGACGAGAAUCGGACGGGGCACUACCGUCGGGGCAAAUUCGCUCGUCACCAAGGAUCUGCCAAGCUUCUGUGUCUGCUUCGGCAGCCCCGCAGUGGUUAGGCGAGGCAUCGCCUCGUAA